UUCAACAAAUAUAGGUAAAGAUCCAUAUCGAACCAGAACUAAAGUCCCAGUGAGAGCUUUCAUUCUCAUUCUUGCGGAUGCUCUUUUAGCCGCUGUCGUUUCACUUUCCGAGUUCCGAUUCGAGUUCACUCACUCCGAGUCACGCUCAGCUAAGUGUUUAUUUGAGGUGAGAUUCAAUGGCCUCAGGGCUGGACCUUGAACAAUUGGUCUUCGUAUGAAACCUCUGAAGGAAAUAUGGUUAAAAAGAAGAACCCUUUUGUAUUCUUGGAUGUAUCAAUUGAUGGGGAUCGCAUGGAAAGAAUCGUUAUUGAGCUUUUUGCUGAUGUUGUUCCAAAAACAGCAGAAAAUUUCCGGGCACUCUGUACAGGUGAGAAGGGCAUUGGAAAGUAUACUGGAAAACCCCUUCAUUAUAAAGGGUCACAUUUUCAUCGGAUAAUUAAAGGAUUUAUGGCUCAAGGUGGUGAUUUUUCAAAUGGAAAUGGCACUGGUGGAGAAAGUAUAUAUGGAGGAAAGUUUGCAGAUGAGAAUUUCAAGUUGACACAUGAUGGACCUGGUCUUCUCUCAAUGGCAAAUAGUGGUCCAAACACAAACGGGUCCCAAUUCUUCAUAAUUUUCAAGCGCCAACCUCACCUUGAUGGGAAACAUGUUGUUUUUGGGAAGGUUGUGAAGGGAAUCAAUGUAGUUCAGAAAAUUGAAAUGGUAGGAACAGCUGAUGGGAAACCUUCUGGAACUGUGAAGAUUGUAGAUUGUGGUGAUAAUGCUGAGAGUAAAAUUCAUCAUUCAGUUGAAAAAGAUAAAGGAAAAAAGAGAAAAUCAGGGAAGAUACCGUCCUCUGGGAAUGUUUCUGAUGAGGAAGUGAGAGGACGCAAGAAGUCCUUGAAGGAAAAAAGAAAGAAGAGAAGAAGAAGAAGAUAUUCUUCAUCAGAUUCAUACAGCUCGAAAACUGAAUCAGAUUCCGAUAAUACAGAUUCUGAUUCUGAUUCAGAAUCAGAUACAGCUUCUGAUUCGGAAAAAUCACGAUCUGAUUCAAGUUCUAGUGAUGGAAGGCACAGAAAAAGGAAAUCUAGUAAAAGAGAUAAGAACCAGCAUCGGAGGAAAAGAGGGGAUAGACAAAGGGAGAGGAAGAGACGCCGACAUGACAAACGAUCAAGACGCAAGCCCAAAAGAAGAUCGGAUAGUUCAAGUGAUACAGAAAGUGAGAGGUAUAUUGGGAGCAGAAGCAGUUCUGAUGAUGAUAAAAAUGAUCACCGUACCUCCUCACGUAAGACCAAUAACUUAAACGAUGCUGAAAAUAAACAACCUAGGAAUCUUGAUAUGAAAGAGUCCCCCCAUGUACUAAGAGAAACUGUUCAAAAGAAUGUUGAGAUAAAGACUACGGAGAAUAACUCAUCCCAAGAGGAAGGUGAAUUGUCUCCAAAGAAUGAACGUUUAAACAAUGGGCAUGAUACAGAACCUAAAUCUGUUAAUCUACAUUCCCACUCAGAUGACACAAAUAGCUCCAGGAGCCCAACUCCCAAAAGGUCAAGAAACAGGCCUAGGAGCAUUCCCUGCAUGAGUCCUAGAAGAAUUUCUGGAGCUAGUCCAUUGGGUGGUUUUGUUCACAAAGGCUCUGAACCUUCAGCCUCUGACCAUGGGCGGGAAUUGUCAAGGAGCACUUCUCCAAAUGGGACUUCAAAGCGUGUUAGAAAAGGGCGGGGCUUUACUGAGCGCUAUUCCUUUGCACGUCGCUACCGUACGCCUUCUCCAGAGCGUUCACCUCGUAGCUCCUACCAUUAUGGUGGAAGAAAUAUGUACAGAAGGAAUAAUGAUAGGUACUCAGGCUAUAGACGUUACUCUGAGCGCUCACCAUAUAGACGUUACAAAAGCCCACCAAGAGGUGACAGCCCUUCCAGAUUUCAAAGGAGGAGAAGUCGAAGUAGAAGUGCUUCUCUUAGUCCAGGUCAUUAUCGUGGCCGUAACAAGGACCGUAGCCAGAGUCCUACACACAGUCCUAAUCCACUAGAUAAGCGACCUCUUGUAAGUGACAGGCUAAAGUCCCGUCUUGGUCCCCGAAUUGAGCAUCAGCGCUCACCAGAUAGAGGUAGGAUGAAAUCCAGGUCCAGGUCUGGGAGUGAGGAGUCCUCCCGAUCCAGAUCAGUAGAUGCCACACCACCAAAGAGUCGCAAAAGAACAUCUAUAUCUAGAAGCAGGUCAAGAUCCAGCUCCCUAUCUGGACAAAGGGGGCUAGUUUCCUAUGGAGAUGCCAGUCCUGAUACUAGGUAAUUUGCACUGGCAUCUUGGUCGUCGGAGAGAGGCAUUCCCCCGUAGUGUGCAAAUUGAAACUGUUAAAAGGCUUAUCUGGUUCAGUUGUUUCAUACUUAACACCGCAAUGUAAUUUGAAUUGGAUUUUCUGCUUUGGCUUUUUUGUGUUGACUUCGUUUUGAACUGAUAUAUUGGAAAACUAGAUAAGGUUACUGAUAGACUUAAAUACAUGUAUCACUGGUUAGUUUGCUUAA